UUUAUUUAUAUAUACACACACACAAGAAAGGAAAGCAUAGAGGGAAAGAACAAAAAAAAAAGGAAGGAAAAUCCUGACUCCCACGGCCAUGGAUUUCCUCUGCUAGUUACCACCUUGUCUUUCUUCUCGCAAAUUAACUGUCUUUUUUGAGAAAUUAAAAGAAUUCGCUAAUCGAAACGUCGUUCCUUUGGGUCUGGCACGGACGGCACGAUACGACACCUUCUACGUUCGCCGGAAAAGACUUGAUUUCACCCUUCUCUGCCUUCCUCUUUACCUGCAUUGCUCGCUUUCUGCUCAAACUCAAAACCCUAACACGCUGCCGUUCGCUCUAUUCUCUUUCAAGCUCUACCUCUCUCCGCUUCUGUUAUCUCCCAAAGGGUGUGAGCUGGACGAAAAAGAAAAAAAGCGAAAUGAAAGAUAGUGAAAUGGUUGCUGUGCAAGACUUGCCGGGAGACUCGGAUGCUAACAAGCCUUCUGAUGCCACUGUUAAAGAGCAAGAAGAAACUGCUGAUGUUUCGGAGGAUCAAGAGCCGAAUGAAAAUAGGCAGGCAUCAGUUGCUGACGAUGACAACACUGUGAGUUUGGCAACUGAUGUUCCUAUGACUGACACUACAGCUUUGCCUGAUGAUGGGAAAACUGCUACGGAUGAAAAUAUUAAUCGGCGAGUGGUGGAAGAGAAAACUGAUGGAGAUGAUGGCUCCUCUGUUCAAAACCAGCCACAAACGGCUACUCCAUCUACCCAAAGGAGGUGCUCAACUCCUAGAACAAAGCUUGAUAGUGCGGCAAAGUCCAAAAAUGUAUGGACUGAUAUGAAGAUGGGGGAGACUGAUGUUGCCGGGACCCUAGAGGAGCAAGCUGCAUUCAUGAAGGACCUGGAGAUUUUUUAUAAGCAGAAUAUCAUGGAUUUCAAACCCCCUAAGUUUUACGGAGAGCCAUUAAACUGCCUGAAGUUAUGGAGGUCUGUGAUCAAACUGGGUGGCUAUGAAGUGGUUACCGCAAACAAGUUGUGGCGGCAAGUGGGAGAGUCUUUCCACCCUCCCAAGACUUGCACAACGGUGUCUUGGACAUUCCGCAUUUUCUAUGAGAAGGCAAUUCUGGAAUGUGAAAAGAAUAAGAAGGAAACUGGUGAGCUCCAACUUCCCAGUCCACCCCUGCAUCAGGCUACCAGUGUCGAAAAGGAGACAAGAGGGUGCCAAGCAACUGGAUCAGGCAGGGCAAGAAGGGAUGCUGCUGCUCGUGCUAUGCAGGGUUGGCAUGCUCAGCGUCAUCUUGGACAUGGUGAGGUUAGUGAGCCAAUUGUUAAGGUCAAGAGCUUGAAUUUUUCAAGACGUGAAAAGCCUCACAAAAUUUUCGGUUUUCACAAACAGAAGACAGAUGAGAGACCUGUGAAUGCUGAAACAGAUAAGGAAGUGGAUACUGAAAUCGUUGAUAGGCCCCCUGCUGACUGGGUGAAGAUCAAUGUGUGGGAAAGUAAAGAUUGCUAUGAGAUAUAUGCUUUAGUCCCCGGACUUCUGCGUGAAGAGGUCCGAGUACAAUCAGAUCCUGUAGGGCGUCUGGUUAUAACAGGUCAACCAGAGCAGCUAUACAAUCCUUGGGGUAUAACACCGUUUAAGAAGGUUGUGAGCUUACCUUCGAGAAUUGAUCCACUUCAGACAUCUGCUGUUGUUAGCUUGCAUGGACAACUCCAUGUUCGUGUCCCAUUUGAGAACAGAUCAGCCUGACUCCCUCCUCGUGUGAGUUGGAUAUAUCCACUAAUUUUUCUGGGUAGAAAUGCCAAGUUUUGGGAGAGACAGAGGCUCGAAAGGGAAUGGCUGAGAUUGUUUUUGUUCCUCCCACCUUGUUGAAUUAGAGUCCUAAGCACCCAUCUCUGUAGAUGCAUGUUUAUCACAUGUGCAGAAUAGUUUGAGGUUCACGAGGGAAGCCGUCUUGCGGAUUUUGGCUGGACCCGUGUACGAAUUACUGGGGCUGGCUUCUUUAAACGGAAUGUAGAAGUACCCUUUUGAUAAUAAUUAAUUGUGGGAUUUUAACCAAAAAAUAAUAAUUAAUUGUGGAAUUCAUGUGGAUCUCGUAUUUAAUAGCUUGAGAUGCUGAAAAGGCUCUAUUUUGAUUUUA